AUGUCUGAUUCGAUUUAUGAACGAGGUGGAGAACUUCCCUUAGAACCACAGCACUUCAAAUUUGCUAAUGAUGAAUCUGUGAAGAUUGCAGGCUACGAAGACAAGCAGGUCGGACCAUUAGAUGUUCUUCAUGAGAUCGUCGACUCUCCAUGGACUAGAUUUAAAGAUUAUCUCAUAUCGUUAUUCCCUAUUCUACGCUGGAUUUUGCACUACAACCUGAAAUGGUUCUACUCUGAUUUGAUUGCUGGGGUCACUGUGGGAUGUGUCAUGGUUCCUCAGUCUAUGUCUUACGCACAGCUUGCCGGGUUGACACCAGAAUUUGGUUUAUACUCCAGUUUUGUUGGUGUCCUGAUUUAUUGUUUCUUCGCUACUUCUAAGGAUGUUUCUAUCGGUCCGGUCGCAGUCAUGUCAUUGCAAGUCGGUAAGGUUGUGGCUCAUGUUCAAGAGAAGCAUGGCGAUUUAUACCCUGCACAUGUUAUUGCAACUGCUGUAGCGUUUAUCUGUGGUGUUGUUGCCUUGGGUAUUGGUUUGUUGCGUCUGGGGUUCUUGUUGGAAUUUAUCUCUAUGCCUGCUGUUGUUGGUUUCAUGACUGGCUCAGCUUUGAAUAUUGUUGCAGGACAGGUUCCUGGACUGAUGGGUUUCAAUAAGCUUGUGAAUACUCGUGAUUCAACCUACAAAGUUAUUAUCGAAACACUUAAACAUUUACCAGAUUCUACCAUCGAUGCCGCCUUUGGUAUUAUUCCUUUGUUUAUUUUAUACCUUUGGAAAUAUGUCUGUGACUUUGGUCCAAAAAGGUACCCUAGCAAGCAGAAGUGGUUCUUCUACACUUCAGUCAUGCGUAAUGGUGUUGUCAUCAUUUUUGCCACACUUGUUUCUUGGGGUGCAUACUAUGACUGGACACACAAUAAGUACCCAGGUGGUGCUAAGAAAGUUCCUUGGUCCAUUUUAGGAACUGUUCCUUCUGGUUUGAAACACACUGGUGUCAUGGAAAUGCCUAAUGGUAUAUUCUCCGCUUUUGCAAGUCAAAUUCCAGUCUCAGUGAUUAUUCUUCUUCUGGAACACAUAUCUAUUUCUAAAUCCUUUGGUCGUGUCAAUGAUUAUAAGAUUGUUCCUGAUCAAGAAGUUAUUGCUAUCGGUGUCACGAAUCUUUUAGGUACUUUCUUCAGUGCCUACCCUGCUACUGGUUCUUUCUCCAGAUCAGCUUUGAAAGCCAAAUGUGGUGUACGUACUCCACUAGCAGGUGUUUAUACUGGUGUUGUUGUGCUCUUGGCUCUAUACGCAUUAACCGAGGCUUUCUACUUCAUUCCAAAAGCUAGUUUGUCUGCCGUCAUUAUUCACGCUGUUGGAGAUUUGAUGGCUCACUGGAGAGUUACUUGGGAUUUUUACUUGAUUGCUCCACUUGAUGCUGCUAUCUUCCUGAUCUGUGUGCUUGUCAGUGUUUUCUCAACGAUUGAGAAUGGUAUUUAUUUUGCUAUGGCCGCAUCCGCUGUAACUUUGUUAUGGAGGAACCUUCGCACUCAUGGACAGUUCCUUGGAAGAAUCAAGGUUGCUGAAGUGAUCGACCCUAUUGUUGUCAGCAGGUCUGGUAGAUCUGAGUAUUCCGAAUCAUCCUCCUCAAUCAACGAAGAUACCGGAUCCAUUGAGAAGAAGAAAAUACAUAUUAAAUUCUUUUCAAAAGAUGGUCAGAAUUCUGAUAUUGAACUGCAAACAAAGGAAUACUCCAAGGAGUAUCCCUCGGAUCAGGAGUUUGAUCCUUCUAACUUUGACUUAUCAAAAUUACCCAAACGUACCCGUUUUGCAACCCGAUGGGUGCCAAUUCCUAAAUCAAAGUUUCCUCUUUCUUCGUCUCACACUUAUGCAAACUAUAUCAAUGAAGAAAUUGAGAUUUUACCUCCGCCAACUGGUGUCAUUGUAUACAGACCUGGUGAAGCUUUCACUUAUUUGAAUUGUUCCAGGCACUUAGACACCCUUUUGGAUUACAUGAAGAGUAACACAAGAAGAGGAGAGACAGUUGUUUAUAAAGUCAAGUCGGACAGACCCUGGAACGACCCAGGUGAGCUUACGUGGAACUUUAAUAGCGUCAAGAAUAUUUUCAAACGGAAGAAGAACAUUGAUUCUAAUGAAGAUGAAAUUGAAGUUGUCGAAGACAACAGACCUAUUCUUAAACUUAUACAUUUUGACUUUGCCUCAGUUACUGGUGUAGAUGUCACAUCUAUACAAGCAUUGGUUGAUUUGAGAAAGGCAGUCAGUAGAUACACUGGUAGAGAUAUCGAGUUCCACUUUAGUGGCAUAAUUAACCCAUGGAUUAAGAAGUCAUUGAUCAACGCAGGAUUUGGAAAACCAUUUCAACCUUUGAAGGGAUCAACUAUAGAUAAUGCUGUAUCAUCAGAACAUCGUUAUUAUGAUAUUGGUACUUCAUAUGAUGAGUAUGAUAGCACCUUUUCAGCUGAAACGUACGAUGACGCUGAGCUUCAGAUAGGAAGACAUAGAUAUUACGCCGUGAACAGUACAGAGACUCCGUUUAUACAUUUGGACAUUCCAUCUUACGACUACUUGGAGUAG